AUGAAUCAGUCGAUUGCGGUUCUUUUAAAAUCCAAGCUAUUUCAUGGCGAUUCUAAAACGGAAGGACUUCAAAGUAGAAGUGUUUCAGAUACAGGUCUAAGCGAACCCUAUGGAAGUACAAGAGAUGGCCCGUUGAAUAUCAUCAAAGAAGAGCAGUCUUUACCGCCAUUGGCGGCAGGCCCCUACGAGCAGGAGCUGAAAACGCCAAGAAGAAGUAAACUUCAAACUUUGAGAAGCAGAAUUUCGAGCUUUCCCGACAUCAAUUUCAGAUCGAGUAGCACCAGUUUAAACAGUUCAGAUGAUAGCAAAAUCAAUUCUGUUCCGUCGUCUCGCGGCCGGUCCCGUGAGUCGAGCUCUUCGAAUCUAAGUAAAUGGAAGGACAGGACCCUUCUGCUACUGAAUCAUACCCAUCAAGAGAACGACGAUAGUCAAACAAAUAGCGAACUUGUCAGCACAGUGCCGGAAACUGUACCGAAAAUUAACAUCGAAACAGAGCGCGGAGUCUUGUUCGAAGAAACGCCAGUAAGGAGAAAUCGAAAGCUUUCGCAGGAAAAAAGAACUAGCAUGAACAGUCUAACACGAAUAAAUACUUCCUCUUCUAAUGCCUCAUCCGUUCGUCGAAAACCGCAACAGAGUCGUUGGAGCCUACUGCGCUCGAGUUCCGACGUCGAUGAGUUCACGCAUUCUUCCGUCUUAUCCCAAAAAUCCAUCAGUUACGAAGAAUCAGAAGCAAAUUCGUCGUCGCAUCUCGUGGCGAGCCCCAUCUCCAGAAGACGCAGUCGAACUGUAGGUGCUACUGAUUAUGAAUCACGGAUACCAUCGAAUACCGUGGGACUAGUGGGGAGAGUAAGGUCCAAUAGUUCACUGAAUAGUCCAAAAGCAUUUACAUCUUCCGAAAAAUUUGAUGCAAGUUUGUCUGUAGCCCAACUUGCAAUUCCUUCGCAGGCUCGCGUGUCUUCUUCCCCUCGCUUUUCUGGCUCCAGCUCCAGAAGAAGCAGCUCGAUCGUCAAUGCGAUAAGCAAUCUAGUCGCCAUGCGAUCACCAAGUGUCUCAAGCCGAGCCUCGUUUGUCAAAAACUCGGUGAGUUUCGAUGCCUUGCCACCACCACCAGAGCCUAUUCAGACAGACGACUGUAAAGACUAUUUGCAAAAGAUAGGUUCUUACGGAAAAUUUAUUUUAUUCAUUUUGAGCCAAGAUGACGAUACAUUCAAGCUGCAGUGUCUGAAUCAGUUUCUUUCUGAAGAGUUCUAUUUUAGUAAUGAAGCCUUGGAUAUUUCUCUGCGAAAGCUUUUGAUGUUCUUAGAAUUGCCCAAGGAGUCUCAACAAAUUGAUCGAGCACUUGAAGAAUUCAGCAAAGUCUACUAUGCCCAAAAUGCAUCUAAUGGAUUCUGGAAAUCUUCGGAGCAGGUUCAUUUUGUCACCUUUUCGCUGCUUAUGCUCCACACUGAUGCGUUCAAUGCUAACAAUAAAACUAAAAUGCUGGAGCGAGAAUUUGUCGAGCUGAUGCGCAUGGAUAAAGAGGCAGAUUGCCAUUUAGUUCCCAAAGAAAUGCUGGAGUACUUUUAUGCUAAUAUAACUGCCCAAGAAUUUGCACAAGCCGAAUUGUCCAGUGUGUGUGACACCGAGGAAUGCGUUUAUGAUGAAGCAGAUUUGAGCAAAUCUUAUUACUCGCCCAAAAGUCAAAUACAUUCCAAAGCAUUGCUGACACGCCCAGAACGUCUAGCGCUCUCUCACACAAGAACUUUCAGCUCACCCAUUCUACCCUACAUCAAUUUGAGCUCAAGCGGUACCGCUUCGAGCUCUGCUUCUACUAGCAGUUUCAACCAAAAAUUGGACGACGUUGACAUUUACUUUCACAUAGCCAACUCUUCACUAGACACUUUGGUGCUUGGAGCAGACAUGAGUUUCGUCUUCAGCUGUCAUGACGACAAAAGGAUCAACCAGGGUGCCGAGCCUCAAAGAUUGUCGAAAUACUUGACGGUUUUAGAAGAGGUCAAAGGAGGCUAUCUGCGUUUUCAUAAGGAUCUGAUCGAUUCGCUUAUGGAUGUUAAUUACGAAAUCCCCAUGCAGGGCACUCAUGAAAGUGACUAUAGAUUUCUUAAAAUUAUUCAAAUGGGGGAAUUGUCAAGAUUAGUGACAAAUCGCAAGUUUUCUCUUGCUGGCAGCAUCAACAAAACAAUUUGGAAAAAGUGCUAUGGAGUUCUCACCAACUGUUGCCUCUUUCUGUUCGAUAACAUGGAUUGGAUUGAUCCAGAGUUGGUUGCUGACGAGGACACGGGCACGUCAAAUUAUGUUCUGAAUUGGGAUCCAUCGAUUCCCGUACAAGCCAAGUUGAACUGCAAUGGCCUUUUUGCCACUAAUUCUAGCGAAAUGCGGCAAUUGGCGUGUCUAGUUAACUUUUCUUCAGAAGUGGCACCUAAGGACGAUAAAUCUGCUAUGGUGCUGUACAGUGGGAACCAAAGGUAUAUUUUCCAGUGUCCAAACGGCAGUGAGAUGAACAAAUGGAUUGAUGCCGUCAACGUUGUAGCAGCAUUUGAUAGCUGCUUGGUAGAUGCGGGCAUGAUACCAAAUACUCUAGUGAUGGCCCGGAAAACGACAAUAGCUGAAAAAAUGGCCAAACUGGCGCAAAGUAGGGCUAAAAGUGAAGAGAAAUUCCAAGAACUUGCGCCGCUGCUGACAACCCUAGGGGAAACAAUUCCCUUACAAGGUAGCACCAGAUCUCGACUUUGGCAAUAUGCAUGGCAAUUGGCCAAACGAAAAGAGUGGCUAUUGUACGAGAUGCAUCGCAGUGAAGCUUACAUGGCAAUCAUGCAAUUGCCCAGUUCUCUUCUGUCUAACCAGACAACUUUGACACCUCACAGUUCCAUUGAGCAAAGCUUCAUUUUCAACGAUUCUCUAGAGGUCUGUGAUUCGGACAGUCAAACUGGAAUCAAUUUAGAUGACACGAUCGACAUGGAUAAUGUCCUGCAAUCGUUUUGA